AGAGUGCUCAGAUGUUUUUUAAAAAUUGGCAGCGGAUUGUUACCGAAAUACUGUAUUGUUUUUACAAGCUGCAAUUUCAUUUCUCACCAGUUUAAAUUAAACCUAUAGUUAUAGCCAUAGCCUAUGUUGUAUAGUUAAUAAAUAUAUUUUAAGUUAAAAUUCGAAAAAGAAGGAUGUCACACCAACAUCCAAACCCAAUUGUAUUCUUUGACAUUGCAAUAGGAAGCACAGUAAGUGUAUAGGGCCUAGACUAGACUAGACUAGGCAGUUCAGUGCCUAGCCUAGCUAACUAAUACUAAGCUACCACUACCACAGCUAGGAAUAGCGGUAAUACUAUACUAAGAAACUAAGAUUAAGAUACGGACCCGGGCUUUAGAUUGGGAUGUCAUUUGUGAAUGAUUUGUUGUGGUAGUUUAUUUUGAUUAAACUGAAUAGAAGUAAGUUUACAAACAGAUAGUCCAUUCAUUUGAUACCAAAUUUAGUUUUACAAACAAUAACAUUUUAAAUAUUUUUGUAUAAACUUAAUUAAACUAAGCCCAACCUAAAUCACUGUUCUGGUCUUCUCCACCAGAUCGGAAGGAACCAUUUCGUUAAAUUAAAUAAUUAAAUUUGUCUUUAGUUGUAGGUGGGCCUAGUACUAGUACUGGUACUAAUUUCUAGUGUAGUCUACAAGUGUAGUUGGUCUACAAGUGUAGUUGGUCUACAAGUGUAGUUGGUCUACAAGUGUAGUUGAUGAGUACUCAGUUUUAGUAUAGUAUGGUCAUGGUGCAGUCAAAACUGUACAGUACCACAGCCUUAGCCAGCCUUUAGCCUUAAAAGUUUAAGGCUUAAACUUUUUUCCUUUAUAAUUAUACGAAGUGGUUAUGCGCAGCCGACUGCGUAUAACCCUGAGAGUUAUACGCAGUCGGCAAGUCACGUGACGUCUAUAUUCUUGCUGUGUUACACUAUCAAUCAAUAAGGGUGCCUUGAUAUCGGGGUGACUGUGUGGUCGAAUGGUCUAAACUGACCAAACCUCAAGUUGGUGGUCUUGAGUUCAAUUCCAGCCAACGGCAAGCCAUGAAUAACAAGCAUGAUUACGCGUUGGUUGCUAUGUUUUUUCUCGAGAAUGAAGCAACAACUAGGCUUAUUGUUAUACUUUUUUUGGCUAAAAAAUGUUAAAACAUGAGAAGAAUUAUUAACUUGACCAAUCUAAUGUUAAUAUUGUUAUACUUAUAAUUAUCAAAUAUAUGUUUGUGUUGUUAACUAAUUUUGUGGCAGAUAAAAUCAUGUUUCACUGGUACAGUAAUAAAAAUAAUCAUGGGUUGAGAGUAGCAGGAUAAAAAUCGCUGUAGGGGCAGGGGUUCUGUAGAGGGGGCAGUGUAAGUAAUACUUUCACACAGUUAUAGUUUUGCAUGGAAGCUGAAAACUGUUACAUUUAGGUCAUCAAAAAAAAAAAAAUCAUAAAUGAUAAAAUUUUAAAAAAGAUAAAUAGAAUGUAUUUCCUGAAUUAGUCAGUAAAACCAACCAUAUAGACAUAGUCAUAGUAACAUAUAAAAACCUAAUCAAUCAAAAUACAUAACUAGACUUAGACCAUGGAAAUGCCUUUAAAAAAAAUCUAAGACUUAGGCUUAGACUCUAAGAAAUGUACACUUUGACUUAUACUUAUAAUUAUAAUAUAUAAGAUACAAGCAAUAAUACUAAUAAUAGCACUAAUACUAAUACUAAUACUAUUGCUAUCAUCAAUUUCAAUAUUAAUUAAAAUUAAUUCAAUUAAAAUUUUACGUUAAACACAUUAAAAGUUCUAGUUCAAAACAACCCAUCAUGCAGCUCAUUACGCAUAAUACUUUUUUUUUUAAAUUGCCAAACAAGUGAUAAUAAACCUUAUUUGGCUAAAUUCCCAGCCGACUGCGUAUAACCCUGAGAGUUAAACGCAGUCGGCUGGGAAUAACCCUCAGGGUUAUACGCAGCCGACUGCGUAUAACGCUUCCCAUAAUUAUAAGCGACUUUAGUUUAGCUAUCACUCUAAAAACAGGCUACUGUACUGUGAGUACUAUUAUUAACUAAGAUUAAGAUGCUAAUUCAAUUUGUUGAGCAUGAAUGAUAAACUUCUAGCCAACAUCAUGCCACGGGGGGGGGGGGGUUCCAAAUUUAAAGCCAUGUGGGUUAAAAGUGUGUAAUUUGUGUUAUGGUUUGGGGGGGGGGGGGGAGAAAAAAUGGGGGGGGGUGGGAGAAAAAAAUCAAAUAAAAGUAGUGUUAUAUCAUUUAUGAAUGGCAUCAUUUUCUUAACAGUGAAGUGAAGAGUGUAAAUAAGACUAUGAAUAAAAGUUCUAUUCUAUAGGAGUAGUAAGUGCAUACAAGUAAGUACAUGCCAACCUUUGGGAUAAAGAAAACUACUAAAAGCCACCAAAAAACUACAUUAGCAUGAAAAAUUGUAGAGGAAAAAAAAUAGAAGAAAGUAUAAUAUAUAACUUUUUCUUUUAACUAUCAAAGUUUUUAAUGCAGGCAAAAUGUGCCUUCUUUACAAUUCCUUGAUUGGUUUGAAAAUUAUAAGUGAAAUUUUUUAUUUUGCGCUGUAAAAUAGAUGUGAUUGCAAUGAAGUUUACAAAUAAGAUCUCCACCCUUGUCAUUUUAUCCAAUAUAUUAUCUACUUGAUGGGGCUGAGAAGAGAUGGAUUUUAAUAGAGGUAGACUCUCCAUUGAUUUGCUCAAAGUUUAAGUUUGUGCAACUAUGUUUUAAAUAUGCUUCAUUGUAAUAAUGUCCUGAAGCAUGCACUUAAAUGUCUUUUUUGCAAAAUUCAUACAAUGACGAAGCAUUGAUAAUUCCUGGAUAUUUGGUGAGCCUAAUCCCCUAUUGCAUCCCUCAUUCCAAGUCCAGCUUACUUUUUUACAGUAUUAGUUUCACCCACUGGAUUGGAAGUUCCCAGCUGGAUUAAAAUAAUAAAUUAAAAAAGAAUAAAAUACAGUAAGCAAUUCUUACUGCUGCCUGCUUAAAAUUAAAUAUAGGCAUAUUAUUAUGUUUAAAAAAAUUACAUACAUUUUUUUAUUGCUUUUAAUUUUCUAUUUUCUUUGCAAUGAAUAUUACUAUUGGGAUUGUGAAAUAUAAAUUCAUUCAUUUUUGUAUUCCAGGAGGCUGGAAGAAUUAAAUUUGAAUUGUUUUCAGAUGUAGUACCGAAAACAGCUGAAAACUUCAGGUACAUAAAGCUUGUUUUGUUAAAGGUUAUUUUUGUCAGCUCAUAUAAUAAAAUCAAAAAAGUAAUCUAGGCAAUUUUUGUACUUAUGAUCUUUGUUAUCCUAUGAAUUGAUGACAAUUUUUGAGUUAAAUGAUUUGUAUCUUUUCACAAGCACCAUUUAAAUUAAUUUGGUUCUUCCAAGUUGGGUGUUUUUAAACAUCAUUUCAGUGGUUAGCUGUAUUUCAAUUCCCUGCCUAGUUGAAUUAGUGGUCAAUAUGUAAAUAUCUUAGAUUAUAAAGUUACAUUUUGUGCAUUCAUACAAUGCAAUCUUUAAAAUAUAAUGUGUUUUUAUUUUUUUUUGCAGACAGCUUUGUACAGGAGAAUACAGAAGAGAUGGGAAACCAAUAGGUUACAAAGGUUCCAUUUUUCACAGGUAGAUUCCUUUAAAAAAACUUUUUUGUAUUAAUGAAUGUAUUUUCUUAUUUUGAUAAUGUAAAUAUAAUGAAAAUGUUAAAUUGUAUGUUGUUUGUUAAAUUACUACAGCCAAGCUAUGUAGGCCCGUGUAUACAUAUCAUCUGUCUGUCUAAGGUAAAAGAUGAUGAAGUUUUUAAUUUGCAUAUCUGGUUACAGCCUCUGCUGCAUUUCACAGGUGAAUGUUGAAUGCUUUUGUACUUUAUUUAUCCGUUUUGCUCAUCGGUUUUUGUACUUACCUCACUGGCCUCUUAAAAGCUAUCUUCCCUACUGGUAUACUGUAUACUAGUAACACACCAGAUAGGAUCUAUAUGGAGAAUAAAUAAAUAACAAGAUUUGGUACAUUAACUCCAUACAGGUUAAACUAAAUCCACUAUUUUACGUAGCUGGCAUGUCUUUUUCCUGUUUGGUUUUUUACAUUUUACUUUGAAUCACUUCCUUUCCAUUCUUCUUUACUUUGUUUCUGUCUGGUUUUGCGCCCACUCCUAUUUGUUCUCUUUUGUUAGGUAGGAUAUAAUAUAUUUCUUUCUUUAUGCCUUUUUACCCUGACUGGUUGAUGGCCAGAGCUAUUUCUUUCUUAUUUGGUGCAUUUCCUUCUAUUUGUAGGUCUUCAUUUGCUGGUUGUAUGUCUGGUGUGUCUGUGGGUGGGGGUCUGUUUAAUAGUUCCCUAAAGUAUUCCACCCAUCUUUUUUGUUGCUCUUUCCUUUCUUCUUUUCUUCUAUAUAUUAAGGGCCCACGAUCAAUUUAUUGAUCAUUUUGGCUCCUAUGUUUGUAGAGGGGAUUUGCAACGUUUCUGUGCCUGGUGUUGAUGAGGGUAUUUCACUGAUUAGCAUGUGCUACUUUGUGAGGAAAUCAUGUACUGGGGGUUGAAAGGCUUGAGGCAAUAGACGCAAAUGAUCUACCUUCUUUAUCUUUGACAGGUCUCUCUGGACUUUUGUAUCUUCCUGACAGCUUUUUUGUUAUGUCAUAGAGCUGUUUCAAGUUGCCCUUGCUGGCUGCUUAUUCUGUUGUUGAUGCUAGGCCAUCUAUAUAGGCAUUUUUAUCUUUUUUAUGCUGUUUUUAACCUUUCGGUUUGCUUCUUGACAUUUCUCUUGCGCUUUCAUUUUCUCCACCCUGGUGCGACUGCUCAUUUCUUUUCUCUCUUUCAUUUUUUGCAGUGUGUUAAGUGAGAGCUAUUCUUUGUGUUUCUGCUUCACUGAUCCUAAAACCUCUUGGCAAGUGGAUGUUACAGCUAUCUUUAUAUUUUGCCAUUUGUGUUCUACCUGGUCAUCUUCUGUUUGGUCUUCCAAGGCUUGGAACUUAUUUCUUAAGGUAGCACUGAAUUCCUCUCUUUUAUGCUCAUUUGCCAGAAGAGCUACAUUGAAUUUUGUUUGCUUAGCAGUUUUUCUUCAAUUUUAACUUGAGUCUCGCCCAAACAAGACGAUGAUCUGAUGCGACAUCAGCUCCUCUUUUUGCUCAUACAUAUUUUAGAGACUUUUUGCUGAUACAUAUGUGAUCUAUUUGGUUUUGCGUUUUGUUGUCUGGGGAUACCCAUGUUAUCUUGUGGAUGUUUUUAUGUUGAAAUUCGCUUCCUCCAAUAACAAUCUCAUUUGAGCGCAGAAGUCUGCUAGUUUCUCACCGGUCUCAUUCCUCUCUCCUACACCAUGGCGUCCCAUGAUUUCCUCAUACCCACUGUUUUCUUUUCCGGUCUUGGCGUUUAGUUCUCCCAUUAAGAUGUUUAGGUCUCUACUUGGGAAUGUUUCUAUUAUAGCUUGUAGUGUAUUGUAGAAUGUUUCUUUCUCGUCUUCCUUGCUAUCAUUGGUGGUGCGUAACACUGUAUUAUUUUCCUCUUUAUUUUCUUUUUCUUGGUUCGGAAUGUUGCAGUUAUUAUUCUUGGUCCAUGGGCUUCCCAUCCAAUCAAUGUCUCAUGUGCCAUCCUUGACAACAUCAAAGCAACUCCUUGCGUGUGCAUAUAUAUAUUAUGUAAAUUUAAUGUAUACUUAUUUAAAUGUUUUGUUGUUAUACUGAUGAAGGCAUUUGCCGAAACAUUUAUGUAUUAUGUAAAAUUAUUAUUAAAGCUUAACAUAUGUUGUUAUAUUGACACAAAGUGUUUGUGUCUUAUUAAUCUACCUCCCUACCUAACGGUCUUCGUCAAUUCCCUCCCAUUCAUAUGUCUAUCACACAUCCAUAAAGCUCAUAUCCUCAAAACUCAAAGCUCAAAUGCUGCCAUUCAGUUUGUCUUAUCCCCCUGCCAGUACACAGCAUAGAUUGUCCUUGAUUUUCAACUUGUAACAAAUUUGUGCCACGCUUUACUGUCAUAAGGCAGCAUAUUGAGUAAGAAUGCUGAGUAGAUUGGCAGUUUGAUUCUUUUUUUGUGAGGUUUUAAAUACCAGUAAAUAUUUCUUUUUGUUUCUUUCAGAGUCAUCAAAGAUUUUAUGGUUCAGGGUGGUGAUUUUGUCAAUGUAAGUAAUAAUUAUUAAUCCUUUAAAAAAAAAAAGUGUUUUCCUUCUUUUUUUUAAAAAAAAACCCAUAGCAACCAGUUUUAAGUUGACCAAAGUAGACUAUGCACAUUCAGUUUUUCAUAAUUUAAUUUCACUCAAUAUAAAAAUUUGAUUGACUUAUUCAUUUCAAAGAGGUGUAUUGGUUUAAAUUUAAAACAGGAAAUCUAGGAAUAGGAAAUCCUAGAUUUCAUCAAUUUUUUCAUGAAAAUAAAAAGUUUGCAUUAUUUCUUUUGUUUUUUUCAAGGGUGAUGGAACAGGAAUGACUAGUAUAUAUGCAGGCAGACCAUUUGCUGAUGAAAAUUUCAAAAAGAAACAUGAAUGUGCGGGAAUACUAUCAAUGGUUAGUUAUAUUUCUUAUAUAUUAGAAAUUAUUACAAUUUUUUUUUUCAACUGAACUCUACUAGGUUAAGCAUCAUUAAUGGGAACUUAAAUUGUAUUAGAAAAUGCUUUUACAUCAGAAAUGUGAACAAACAAAUUUUUUUUUUGUACAGGCUAACAGUGGCAGAGACACAAAUGGUUGCCAGUUUUUUAUAACUUGCGCCAAAUGUGAAUUUCUUGAUGGUAAACAUGUUGUCUUUGGUGAGUUAUAAUUUUUUUUUAAGUGCAGGAAAAUAUCUUGUAUUGUGGCAGUAUAUAAUACUAGGGCUUAACCGAAUGUAGUUUUUUGAGAAAAUACCUGCUGCUGGGUCCUAGUGUUACGAAAAGAGUUAACUCCUCAUUUUCUAUGAUAUAUGCUGGCCUUUAAACAAAGUCCCACAGACAGUCCUACACAAUACCUGUGGCUCUUUAUUGAUUAAUAUAAUAGUGUCAACCCCCCCCCCCCCCCCCCCCUUUUUUUUUUUAUUUGUGCAAGACCGGAGAUGAUUGUCUGUACAGACUAACGGUAAUUGGUAAUUUAGCUAUUUCGAAAUGACUUGUGGUGGCCGUGUCUCGGGAGCCCCCCCCCCGAUUUUUUUUCUGAGUUCACAUGUAGGCAUGACAGCCUUUCUUUUUCACUCACCACUAUAAUAUAAAAGGUGGAAUUGUGGAGAGGUCGAUUUCGAAAAGGAAGCAGGACACACCAGAAGCAAAAUAUUUAUAUAAGAGAUAUCCCAUUAUGAAAUGUGAUUUUGGUGACAUUAUCAAGACACAGGGCCAAAAUAUAUAAGACAGGAGUUUUAAUAUCUGUAUGAUCUGACAAGACAGACAGGAAAAUUCUUGAGGCUUUUAAUUCUUUAAUUUGGUAAUCAUAGGACAGGCCACUUUUAUUCAUUACUAUAUAAUUUUUUUAUAUUUGCAGUUUGUUUUAUAUGAAUCUCUUUAUCAUUUCUCCCAUCCAGGUAAAGUUAUUGAUGGACACUUAGUUUUACGUAAGAUUGAAAAUGUUCCUGUUGGACCCAACAAUAAACCCAAAAUUCCAGUCACAGUUUCCGAAUGUGGGGAAAUGUAGUCAUAGAAAGUCGUUCAAAUCAUCAUUUUCAUCAGUUCACAUGUAAAAUAAUUUCAUGUCAAAAUAAAAUGUUUUUGUAACAAUCUUCUUCUUUGU